GCGACUUUGAUGCCCCGGUGCAAACACUGCCUCUUCUGGUCACGGUGACCCCAGGUCUGCGGAGGCUGGGCUGGCCCGGGACUGCCGGACCCUUGGUCCCGCGGGGCUGCCCUCCCUCCCUCGCUAGAGAUCCGGCUUCGCUCCUGGGCCUUUGUCUCCUGGCUUCGCCGCUUCUCCAACCGCAAGAGCCCAGAGCCCCACUGCCCUCUGCCCAUUGGCUCCCUGGGGUUGGCCGCUGCGGUUACGUCAUCACAUUUACAUAUGACAUUGAGUCGUCACCAAGGCCAGCUCCUCCCCGCCACCCUCCGCUCCCCCAACCCUGACUGUCCUCUGGUGACCCGGCUGGGUUGGAGCAGGAUAGAGGCCUGAUAGGGCGAAGCCUGUGGCUGGACCGGAGGGGCUCGGGAGGAUGGGAGGGGGGUGGCGGAGGGUUGGGCUUGGACCCUGGCGAGGAAGUGCCAGUUACUAAUCUGAGUCCUGACAUCUGGGUUUAGUGGGUCUGGUAGCUCCCUGGGGCCACCCGUGGCAAGUAAUGAUGAUACGCAUUGGACUUUGGACUUUAAAACUCCUGGGAAAUUGAGGUUUUUCUGUGGGACUGGAGAAACCCAAGCUAGGGAGUGACUCCAGGAGUUGGAAGGCUGAUGCUGCUGCUGUUUCCCCUUAGCCUACCUAGUCCUGAUUUUCACCCCUUAGUGAAAGACUUCCCUGAGAAUGAGGGAAAUGAGCCAUCCGAGUCAGGUUUCUGUAGGGCCAUUGAAGCUGGGCCUUCCAUUGCUCCCCAGCCCACCAACUCAUACACCAUGUUCCAGCGCCUCACCAGCCUCUUCUUUAGCACCAGCCCACCCUCUGAGGAGCCCCCCUCCCCUAAAGCCUUCAUCUGCCCUGAGGAUGAGGAAGAAGUGGAUGGAUGGCUCAUUAUUGACCUGCCUGAGGGGCCUGAGCUGGGGCCUGCCCACCUGGAGAGCAGCCCCUUGGAGGACCUGCUCAUCGAGCACCCCAGUAUGUCUGUCUAUGUCACCGGCAGCACCAUCGUCCUGGAGCCUGGGCCGGGCCCAACCCUGACCCCACCUCGGAGCCCUCCUCCAGCCAGAGCAGGCCACCGGGAGGUCAUGCAACCCCGUCGGGAUCCAGGCCCCAGACACCACACAGCCUCGAUGCCCUCUCGGACAGCACUGCUGGAAAAGGCCAGUCAGGCCCGGUGGGUGCAGCGGGCCCGCCAGAGGGCUGACAGACAGAGGCUGAGCCCUAAGGUUGUUCAGCGGCAGAAUCGUGUCCGAGAGCGCCAUCCCCGCCGGUCUAAGCACCAGGGCAGCUUUCUCCACCAGCCGUGCCAGCGCCAGUUCAAUUACUGACGACACUGAGGUCACCCAUCAGCCCAUUCCGGGCUGCUCCACCCGACACUGCUCUCAAAUAAACCUCUCACCAGCCUCCCUCCCCUCCCCGCAGACACUACCCCUCACCCACUUAUCCUCACCAGCCUGCUCCUGCCACCUGUUCUGGACCUAAGUGGUGACCCCCACAUGCUCCAUGGAACUGUUGGCCAAGGUCCUGCUUCCCCAAGGGAGCCUCGAGGGAAGAGAGGCAUUGCGAUCCAUCCCUGUGGGUAAAUGCCUCCCUCUGGGAAUGCCCUUGUCCAGAGAUGCCAGCCCCUUACUUCUGAUCUCUGCAUUCCCCAACUAAUUCCUACUAUUCCCUACCUCUAAAUCCUGUCUUGUGAAUUCUGAUCCUCUUCCUCAACCCCCAGCCUUGACUUUCCCCAAUCUCUCAACACAGACCUCAACUUUGAUCCCUUUAUUUCCCUACAUCUGACUCCACCUACACACAUACAAAACACUGGUUCUAUCACACCUCUGCCCCUCUCAACUCCUCCCUCUUAGGAUGCUUGUCAGUGACAGAAGUGUGGCUUUUCUAGGGCUCCCUGACCCACCAAAGCAACUAGGUUGCAAUGCCCUAAGGCCCAGUUCCUAUUGUCUGUACCCCAAGACAGACUCAUUAUUAAGAGCUGGUCCAGACCUCUGAAGGUAAAGUAUGUUGGAGAGGGUUGUGAGAUGUGAAACCUGAGAGUGAAAGAAUGGAGGAAUUCAGAAAGCGACAGAAAGUCAGAGACAGACUUUAAGAGAGAAACAGCUUCAGAGGAGGAAACCCUUGAACACAGGAAAGCUAAGAGGACCCUACUACUGUGGCUUGGAAGAUAUAGAUGGUUUCCUCAAUUUGAUGCCACCCCACUUAGUCCAGGUGACUCCUCCCUCACCCACAGAACCCCAAUGCAUUGGAGUCUGGGGGAUCCAAGAGCCCCUGUGAAACCUGGGCUAGCAAUUUUCCUGGGGAUGGGGUUGGGAAAGGGCUCCCUAGGGACUAGGUUGAGAGCAAUGGAAAGGGUUACUUCUGACCACAGCCUGAUGGCUCUAGAUAACUAGUCUGCCCAUUUUACUUCCUGCCUCAACACCAGAAUUCUGUACUUUGCAUUAUAAAUGUCUUUCCCAUCCUAGAGCUGGGGAGAAUCCUCUUUGAUCCAGGAGGGACAGACCUUCUGGCCCUCCUGGUAAUCCCAAGCCUUUCUGUGUUAAAUAUUGUUUAGAUCAGGGUCUUGGAAGAAGGGUAGAGAAGCAUUUUCUCUGGGCCUUUUAUUGCCCAUCCAUUCUGGAAUUCUCACCCCUAAGGGUCUGGAGCUAUCACUAUCAAUCUACUGAGGGUUCUCCAUCCCCUUUCCACCUACAGAAACCAGGUGGCAGCUCUCUUUCUUCUGAGGUGUACAACCUCAGAAGAGAAAGUUCCCAAACCACAGCCUGUAAGACUUAAGAAGGAACUGCCCUUUUCAUACUGUGGGUUGUAAAUUCUGGGCUUAGAUACCAGCAACUACCUACUUGCCCUGAAUUACCCCAGUCAGUUUCUAGAUGCCAUUCUUUUUUCCUGUCUUCUCAGUUUAUUUCUUAUACUAGUUUCUGUCACUUAAAACUUUCAAGAAUUUUUCCUAACACAUGACUAAUGACAAUUCUUGCCCAUAGACCCCUUCUCUCAUUCCCUGGCCUUGGCUCUGGCCAGAGUACAACAGGGCUGGCUUCCAACUCCAGGUGCCUAUAGUGGGCAGAGGCCUCCCAGCCCAAGGAGCAAACCAAAUUAAAAAAAAAAAUUAAAACAAGACAUUUAAAAAAUACUUCCAGCUUGCUCAGAAGUCAGUGAUUAAGAGUUCAUCCUGUCCCUUUUAGGGUCCCUUCAACCAUCUUUUCCAAGAGUCUCCCUCCAUCCCCACUUUAGUCACCUCACACCCAGCUAUGUUGUGGCAUUCACAACAGCUGAAAUGAACUUCAAAGUUCCUGCUUUCCCUGUUCCAGUGCUAGGGGAUUGGGUUUGGCCCCUAGUCACUGUUUUAAUGAAAUCUAGAGAGCUGGAACCCAUCAUCCCAAACCUUGCUUACCCCCUGUUAAUGCCUACCCUUCCCAUAAGGCUCCCUGAAGCUUUUGUACCCAAGGAUUAACACAAGCCAAUCAUAAGACUUUUUUCCCCUACCAUCCCAUAGCCACUGUAGCAUCUGAGUGUGGUAAUAUUUCAACUUGAUUUUUGAGAUCCAACCCCACUCACUCCAUCAUCCCGUUUGUUCGACUACAGAGCCACCAGAUCUCAUGCUAUAUAAAUGGACUGUGUAUGUGCCUUUCACCCUUAGCAUGGUUCAGGGUUUUUCAAACCCCAGAACUUGAACAAAAUAAGGAACCAGGAUUCAUGAAGUCCUAUGCAACCUAAGACAGGGAGUCAGAGUCUGUAGUGACAACUGUUUGAAAUAUUAGGGAAGAGACCAGCGUGUGAGGAGUAUUAGACAUCAGUAUAACCAGCACUUCAACAAAAUUGUGUGUGCAUGUGUGUGCGUGUAUGUGUAUUGGGGUGAGAUGCCCAUAUUUUUGUUCUAAGGGUUUGUUUUUAAAGAGUGAAGCACUGUUACCAAGGGCAGUGUUGCUCUUUCCCUAUUGAGUCUGAGAGCAUGAACCUGCCCUUCUCUUGCCCCAAGUAUCACUCCCUGGCCCCUUACUCCCCACUCUUGUCCCAAGAGGGCCACUGUGUGUGUGUGUGUGUGUGUGUUUACCUGUGCAGUUGUGGCCGGUUUUAGGCAUACACGUACAACCAGGAAUCCACCAAUCUGCCCCUUAGACAGAGCGCCUCCUCUCCUCUCUAAGAGGGCAACACUGCCCCACCCCCCAGGUGCUCCAGAUCUCGAAUGCCUUACUAAAUCCACAUGGCUUUGAACUAGGGGGCUUAAUGCAGACAAACCACCCACUUUCUGAUACCUAUGACUGUAGCCCUGCUGCCUGGUUCCAAACAAAGCUAACAAGCUGUGUCUCUGUCAUAUGCUGAGCCCAGAUUAUAGGAGGAACCUUUCUUAGGAUAUUUAAAAUGUGUAUUGGUGGACUCAAAGAUGCAACUACCUUGACUCUGUCCUGGUGUGUGUGUGUAUGUAUGUAUGUAUGUGUGUGUGUGCGUGUAUGUGUGUGUAACAGGAUUUGAGUGUUAGACUGUAAUGCUAUUCCUCUGUGGGGGAAAAAAUUAAUAUAAAGGAAAACACAAGAAAUAAAAAUCUAUUUAAAGCAUA